AUGUAAUGUUUUUGAAUACUACCGAUAAUAACAAAUGAAGCUAUUUGCCAUUAAAAUUUAGAUUGUAUACCAAUUACAAUUGUAAGCAUUGAUUUAUUGCAAUUACAAAUGUCUACGAUAAAAAGUAACCAAAAAAACCGCCAAAUCAUUUAGAACGAAAUUGAACAAGCUUCAAGUCAUAUGAUUUUGACAGCAGCUUUUUUUAGUACAGUAUAUAAGGGUUUUUCAAUGUAUUAGUACACAUGUGUGUUGAAGUAUUUGUCGCUCGUACAUCUUUAACUUCCGAAAAAGUACAUUAUUUACGACUAACUAAUUGUUGUUUUGUGCGCACAUAUUAUUGUUGUCAAAACCGAACCAGUAUACUUGAUGCUUUCAUCAAAAUCACAGUUUAUUUGAACAAAAUCAGGAAUUCAAUAUAUUUAAAAUAAUUUUCGGGAAACCGCUGAGUUUUUGUGUUUUCAAUUCCAAUAAAAUUGUUUGUAAUUUUUUUUUCGCAUCUUACCGUAAUUUUUCUUUCAUUCGGCCUUAAAUUCAAAAUCGAAGUCAAGAUGUCGGCUGAUGAUUCGUUCAUUGUGCUUGAGGAAACCCCAUCAAUGUUGCAGUUUAGUCUUUUAAAUACACCUGGGCAUCAUCCUUCUAGCUUGUUAAAUACAUCAAUUCUGGACACUGGAACUAUAACGAAGGGUAUCGACACCGAGAACAGCUCCAAUGUAUUAUCCGACGCUGCAUCAAAAUUUAACGAUGAAAUCAAAGAGUCAAUAGUUGACUUAUCUUCUACGUUGAGCACAAAAAGUCAGUCAGUCAACAAUAUAAACGCAGAUGUCGACGAUCAACAACGAAAACAAAAACCACCAAAAACAACAUUGGCACAAAGUUUUCUUUUAGGAGAUAUCAACUGCGAUAAAAUGAAGAGCUAUUUGCCUAGUCUUAGUAAUUCGAUCCAAAAAGAAGAUGUUGAGAAGUGGCAACAUUUAAUCCAAGAGCGUAAUGAUCUGAAAGACGCCCUUCAACGAACGAAUACAGCCAUGCGACAACAAUAUUCUAUGGUGAAUAAUUGGCAAAACAGUGUUAAAGACUUGAAGGAAAAUCAUGAGACAGAACUAAACAAAUUUCGCAACAUAAAUGAUGAAUUAUUCCAUCAAAAUUACGAUCUGCAAGCCAAAGUUGCUGAAUUGCAACAUUUAGCAGAAUUAAGCCGUAAAACCUGUAUACAAACUGAAAAAAAUCUAUUGAUCACCGACAAAUUUGAGAAAGAAGAACUGGAGAAGCAAAUACAAAGCUUAAAGUUGGAACUAGCUAACACAAUCGCAACGAAUGUAGAAAUAGAGGAAGCACACCAAGAAACAAAGGUGAAACUAGUAGCAAUUCAGGAACUUUUUAAGAAUUCAACAGCUGAAAUUGCUAACUUGAAGAAGAAGAACGAAUGUCUACAACGUGAUCUUGAUGAAACAAAAGCCUUGGCUUCUCAAUACUGUGAAAAUAUGAACAUGAUUCAGACGCAGUGUGACGUUUUCCGAAACGACUUUGAACUGGAACGAAAGCAACGCGAAGAAAUGGCUUGCGAAAGGGACCAGAUGAUUGCUGAUAUUAAAAUGUUGAAAAAGCGUAAUCAAGCCUUAGUAGAUGAAGCUCAAUCAUAUUAUACUGAAACUUCGGCUAGUCUAACGUCCAAUGUAAGCAUCGAAGAUAAUAACGAGAUACAGACAUUUGUGUGUCCAUUAUGUUCGAACGCUUACACACAACUGAACGAUUUGGAAAGUCAUGUUCAAAGCUGUUUAGAAAAGAAUUAAUAUUAAAUUGAAAUUGAAUAAAUUGUUAUUGUUCUAUGAAAUGUGUUUCAAUAUUAUAAUUGUUCGUAAUAUAAAAAUAAAAACUUGAAACUGAUAUAAUGUAAUAAA